UGAUAAAUACGCAUAACUCACUUAUAUGGAAAAACCCUUCAUUCUGUUCAGCGAUCAGUCUGAUGAAGGAAACUAAACGUUUGUGCCUUGCCCAACAAUCCAACGAUCCUGCCACCACCGGCGACACCAGUCGACGUCGGAAGGUCCGGCCAAAACUCAGUUCCAAAUCCAUCAUCGUUAGGGCUUCCAAAACCAAACGUCGAUCCGCUUCAACAUCAUCAUCAUCAUCAUCAUUACUCGUUGACUUACCGAUUGAAAACCCAAGAAUAUUAAGUUUCGAUUUCUACCAAAUCGACGCACUCGACCUUGCUCCCCUCCUAUUAGGAAAGUAUCUCAAAAGAGACGACGUCGUUCUCCGCAUUACCGAGGUUGAAGCUUAUAGACCUAAUGAUUCAGCUUGCCAUGGCCGAUUUGGAGUUACAGCUAGAACCGCCCCAGUUUUUGGAGAUGGAGGAAAUGCAUAUGUUUACCUCUGCUAUGGACUCCAUAUGAUGCUCAAUAUUGUUGCAGACAAAAAGGAUAAUGGGGCAGCUGUUCUUAUACGUUCUUGUUCUCCUGUGAAUGGGUUAAAGACUAUUCAGCAGCGUAGGGGAUUGGAAACUGAUAAACCUGUUCUACUUACUGGUCCUGGAAAGGUUGGUCAAGCAUUGGGAAUUUCUACUGAAUGGUCUAACCAUCCUCUUUACGAGCCUGGCGGGUUAGAGCUGAUAGAUGGACCGAGGCCAGAAAAGAUUGUGGUUGGUCCUCGUGUAGGCAUCAAUUAUGCAUUACCCGAACAUGUAAACGCUUUGUGGAGAUUUGCUAUUGCUGAUACUCCUUGGGUAAGUUCUCCAAGAAACACUCUUAGACCUCCUCAUGAUCCUUCUGUUGAGAAUGAAUGACUGGAAUCUCAAAAUGUUGUGGUUUGAUGUGUCGUGGGGAAGAAUGUUUUUGUCUGAAUUUACUAGAUUGUGCAGCUAAUUUUGUAUAUUCGAUAAUGUGGAAUGUAACAGCUUCGAAAAUAUUUGAAAUUUGGAUAAGA